ACACUCGCUGCUGAUAAGAAGCGCGUGCGCGGUGUGUUCGGCUUCUUCAAACAAACGCAGCUCUUCAUCAACCGGUGUGUGUUUCCGCUGCCUGAAGGUAAAGUGCUACGAAUUAUGAUAGAAUGAGGAAUGAACCGCUCGUUUCCAGACAUUACUAAGCUCAUGAUGACUUUCGCUAACUUUACAAUUAAUAAAUCCACCUCAACAGCGAAUUAAGUCUACUCUUCAACAGCGAUGCCACAGAAAUAAACACAGGUCGAAAACGAAAGUUCAACUAGAAUAAUAAAGAUGGCGCGCACUUGUUUCUCUGACUGGUCACUAAACGACAGAGAGAUGAGAGAAUACUCUGACUGUCUAAAGUCUGGGGACUGUGCACAGGGCCCAAAUGCACUCAUGAUUUUUUUCUCUCCUUUCUAACUAUAACUGGGAAUAUAAAUUGCUAUUUGAUCAAUAAAUGGUGGUCGGCAUGGUAGAUUAAUAGUAUAAUCUAUUAACUACACAUAAAAACCCAGCUUUUUACUUAAGUACCAGAUUUUGGUGUCAUGCCGUAAAAAUUUUUCAUUAUGGCUGACUUUGUAUUUAAUGUGAAUUCAAUAACAGUAAUGUAAGUUGCUAAUUAUAACGCUUUCAUUUUUACAGAGAGUAAAGAACAUUUUCAUACUUAAAGAACAUGUUACUGGUGUGUGUGUGCACUUGAAUGGGUUAAAUGUCCAAGUCCGAGUAUGGGUCACUCACCAUACUUGAUGCGAUUUCAAGUUUUCCUUUCUCUUUGGAGUGUUACAAGCUCUUGGUGCUUAAAGAAGAUCUUGAAUGGGCAUGACGCUUCUGAUUGUGCAUUUGUUUUUAAAUUUUUAAAUGUUUUAUGUAUCUACCUACUUUGACAGACAAAAUGUUACAUUUGGCUGAACUGGUGCAAUUUUAACAAAAAAAAAAAAAAAUUAUUUAAAGGGAUAGUGCACUCAAAAAUGAAAAUUCCCCCAUGAUUUACUUACCCUGAAGGCGUCCUAGGUGUGUAUGACUUUCUUCAUUAAAACCCUAACCCCUUCCAAGCUUUAUAAUGGUAGUGAAUUCUUCAAUAGUCCAAAAGAAGUCCAAUAAAGCACGUCCAUCCAUCAUAAAAAGUGUCCCACGUGGCUUCAGGGGUGAAUAAAGGCCUCCAGUAGCAAAUCAAUGUGUUUUUGUUGGAACAUUAUUUUUUUAUAUUAUAACAAUUUAUAAACAGUAAUCUAGCUUCUGCUAAAUGCUGUACACACAAUAGAAUUCCAUCGGAUGACGUAGGACGUAUUAUAAGAUCCUGUGAGAAUAUGCUAGUCUCAGAAAGCGGCUAGCUCUGGAUGUCAGUUGUGCUUUAUAUGUAGUGCCAUAUUUUAGAUGCAUUGACGUGCCAAAGAGAGACGAGGAGUGCACUGCCUCGAAAAUGAGCCGCUGUGAGGAGAGAGAGGAGGAGGAUGCUGUUCAGACCCAGACAGUACCAUCUCCAGACUCUAGCUGUGUGUCUAUGAAGAGUGACGGCUCCAUGGCCAAACCCCCUGCUUUUAGUGAUGGAGGGGGAGUCUCUAAUUCGAGACACCACACUCAGACGGCAGCAUCUCUUGUUUCUAGCUGUGUGUCUAUGAAGAGCGACGGCUCCAUGGCCAAACCUCCUGCCUUUAGUAAUGGAGUAGGAGUCUCUAAUUCUAGACACGUUUCUAGCUGUGUAUCUAUGAAGAGUGACGGCUCCAUGGCCAAACCUCCCACCUUUAGUGAUGAAGCAGGAGUCUCUAAUUCUAGACACCACUCUCAGACGGCAGCAUCUCCAGUUUUUAACUGUGUCUCUAUGAAGAGCGACGGCUUCAUGGCCAAACCUCCUUUCUUUAGGCAUGGAACGGGAGUCUCUAAUUCAAGAUGUUUUUUUCCUGCUCACAGCUCCACUGAGAGGAAGCUCAGAGAUGUGAAGUCCUGUCUGAUUUGUGCUGCGUUCUACUCCGAGAACCACAUCAGACAGCACUAUGCAGAACCAGCCCUCUACACACAGGUGGAGGAGACUAGAGACCUGGAGCAGGAUUCACGACAACUAGUGGAUGAUGUCUUGCAGAGAGUUAAAGAGAAACACAAAACCAUCAUGAAAGGGAAGUAUGAGAGCUUAUUUGAAGGUAUCAAGCUACAAGAGAAUGAAACCCUCUUGAACAGCAUCUACACACAGCUCUACAUCAUAGAGGGAGAGAGCGAAGCAGUGAAUGAAGAGCAUGAGGUUUUACAGAUGGAGAAAACACCCAGAAUACAACAAUUACAAGACACUCCGAUCAAAUGUAAUGACAUUUUUGACCCCUUACCUGAACCAGGCUAUAAGAAUAAUAAAAGAAUGAGGAAAGACCGAAUCAAGACUGUUCUUACUAAAGGCAUCGCUGGAAUCGGAAAAACCGUCUCUGUGCAGAAGUUUAUUCUCGACUGGGCUGAGGGAAAAGCCAAUCAGGAUGUAGAUUUCAUGUUUGUGCUUCCAUUUCGAGAGCUGAACUUGUUUAAAGAUAAUCAGUACAGUCUUCACAGACUUCUGCUGGACUUUCAUCCUGGACUUCAAGAUCUGGACCCAAAGGUAUAUGAUUUAUGUAAAGUUGUGUUAGUUUUUGAUGGUCUGGAUGAAAGCAAAAUUAAACUUGAGUGGUCAGACAGUGAGAAAGUUUGUGAUGUGGCUGAGACUUCAUCAUUGGGUGUGUUGAUGUCAAACCUCAUUAAAGGGGAUCUGCUUCCAUCUGCUCUCAUCUGGAUCACCUCCAGACCAGCAGCAGCCAAUCAGAUCCCCUCCAAAUACAUCCACCGUCUGACAGAAAUUCAGGGAUUCAAUGACCCUCAGAAAGAGGAGUAUUUCAGGAAGAGAAUCAGUGACCAGCAUCAAGCCAGAAGAAUUAUCUCACACAUUAAAGCAGCAAGAAGCCUCCACAUCAUGUGUUACAUACCAGUCUUCUGCUGGAUCUCAGCCACUGUGCUUCAAAACAUCAUGAAACGAGAUGACUGUGCAGAAGUCCCCAAAACUCUGACUGAAAUGUACAUACACUUCUUGAUUAUUCAGACAAAUAUAAGAAAUCAGAAGUAUGAUGAGAGAGACGAGAGAGAUCCACAGAAACUCCUGCAGUCAAACAGGGGAGUGAUUGUGAAACUUGCUGAACUGGCUUUCAAACAGCUGAUGCGUGGAAAUAUCAUGUUCUAUGAGGAGGACCUGAGAGAAUGUGGCAUAGAGGUCACUGAGGCUUCUGUGUAUUCUGGGAUUUGCACUGAGAUCUUUAAAGAAGAAUAUGUGAUUAAUCAGAGGAAAGUCUACUGCUUUAUACACCUGAGUUUUCAGGAGUUUCUUGCAGCAUUUUAUGUCUUUUACUCCUAUGUAAAUAACACUUCUGAUGCCUUGAAAGUUUUUGAUUUACUUCAUAAUUUGCAUAAAGGAGUACUGGAUAAAGCUCUUAAGAAUGAGAAUGGACGCAUGGAUCUUUUCCUCCGGUUCCUGCUGGGCAUCUCACUUGAGUCCAAUCAGAAACUGUUACAUGGACUACUGACACACACAGAGAACAGUUCAGAGAGCAUCAAUGAAACUAUAAAGUACGUCAAGGACAAAAUCAAAGAAUGGAAAAAUACUCUUUCUGCUGAAAGAUCAAUCAAUCUGUUCCUCUGUCUGCUUGAAAUGAACGAUCAGACUCUGCAAAGAGAAAUCCUGGAGUUUCUGAAAUCAGACAAACACUCAGAAAAAGAACUGUCUGCUGCGCACUGCUCAGCCAUAGCCUACAUACUUCAGAUAUCAGAGGAGGCACUGGAUGAGCUGGACCUUAAAAAAUACAACACAUCAGAGGAAGGUAGAAGGAGACUGAUACCAGCUGUGAGAAACUGCAGAAAAGCUUUUCUUGCAGACUGCAAUAUCACUGAUCAGUCCUGUGAAACUGUGGCCUCAGCUCUGCAAUUAUCAGACUCUCCCCUGAGAGAGCUGGACCUGAGUAACAAUGACCUGCAGGAUUCAGGAGUGAAGCUGCUCUCUACUGGACUAAAGAGUCCAAACUGUCGACUGCAGAUACUGAGAUUGUCUGGCUGUAUGGUGACACAGGAAGGCUGUUCAUAUCUGGCUUCGGCUCUGAGUUCUAACCCCUCACACCUGAGAGAGCUGGAUUUGAGCUACAAUUACCCAGGAGAUUCUGGAGUGAAGGUGCUCUCUGACAGCCUGAGCCAUUCAAACUGCAAACUCAAUUUGGACCAUGGAGGACAUUUCAGAAUCACACCAGGACUACACAAAUAUACCUGUAAUCUCACACUUGACAUAAACACUGCAAACAACCAUCUCUCUCUGUCUGAGGAGAACAGAAAGGUGACACGAGUGGAAGAGGAGCUGCCUUAUCCAAGUCAUCCAGAGAGAUUUGACUGCUUUGAACAAGUUUUGUGCACGGAGAGUCUGUGUAAACGCCAUUACUGGGAGGCUGAAUGGAGUGUGAGGGGAGCUGGAUUGUCAGUGACCUAUAAGGGAAUCCAAAGAACAGGAAGUGACUGUAGGUUUGGGCUCAAUGAAAUGUCCUGGAGUCUCAUCUGCUUUGAUAACAAAUACUCUGCCUGGCACAGCAAUAAUAGAACCAACUUACCGGCCCCUUCUCCCCCCUCUAAAAGAGUAGGAGUGUAUUUGGACUGGCCCGCCGGCGAGCUGUCCUUCUACAGUGUGUCUGACACACACACACUUAUUCACUUGCACACAUACCACAGCACAUUUAUCGAGCCCCUCUAUGCUGGAUUUAGGCUUUAUCCAGAUUCUUCAGUUUCACUGUAUUAGAAUGAAGAGCUUCGUAAUAUAGCCUAAAGUCUAUAUAGUACUUGCUCCCUUACUAACCAAAAACAAAAAUGGGAUGAAUUGGAAAUGUAUGGAUACAAACAGUGGUGUUAGUGUCCCUGCUUGCUGAAAAUACCAACUUCAAACCUCCAAACUAGUCCAACUGAAGAAAUCUCACAAUAACGAUGCUGAUUGUUACAAAUUGUGUUGAUUUGAUCACUUCUUUUGUUCAAAUUUGUAAGUUGCUUUGCAAAAAAAAUUACUAAAUGUGAAUCUAAAUGAAAAGUCGAGAAAAGAUGCUCAGAAAAGUCAACAUAAAUGAUAAAAACAUAGUCAAUCAAUACAUGUUAAUAAGUCUUGAUAUGAUAAUUUGUUGCCUUGGAGCCCUCAGUCUUUUAAAAGAUUUACGCAGUUAUACUGUUUAGUGUUAAAAAUGUCUGCCCAAGGAUUCUCAGUUUUUUUAAUUGAAACAAUAUUUGCAAAAUAAGCAGCAUAAAAAUAUAAACAUUUUCUAUGGCGGCAUUUCACACAGUAAUCAUUUAUAUGUAAAAUAGUGGAUAAUGUGGCAAAACACGGUUGUUGGUUAUGGUUAUGCAAACUAACAUGCAACCAAACUCAGGACAUUAGCAAAACAAUAUUAUCUCAAAUUUAAGUAAACUACAUUUAUGCAUUUAUUAACAUGUUUAUCCAGAGUGACUUGCCAAAGAGGAACAAAGCAAUGCAUCAAAGACCCAGCUGUCAUUGUAGUACAUAAUCUCAGAUUUAUUAGUCUAGAUUAGGAAACCAUCAUAGAAACUAAGAAUAUGAAUCAUCCAAAUGUCUGCUAUUUGAGUAUUUAAUGAGUUAUCUAGACCGCUAGCUCAGGUCACAUUAAUUUAAUAUAAAUAUAAUGAUAAUUUAAAUAUAGUCAUUCAAAUUAACGAUGGUGAUGUGUAGAAAAAAGUGUGUACAUGUGGUCAGAAAGAAACUUGACUGAGCCUUGCUCUGCUUGAUGUGCUUAGACUGUUCCCUUUUUUCUGUGGAGGAAACCAAGUGUCUUCAGUUUUAAUCAUGUGUUUUAACUACAGCUAUUAUAAAGUGUGUCCUUUGUUACAUUAUUUAUGUUUUAUUUAUGUUAAUUUUAUUUUAUAAUGUUAUUUUAUAAUAUGAUUGAGUCACAUGUGUUAUUGCAAAUGAAUAAAAGGAGAACAUUAAACUUUCUUUUAAAAACA